CGAAACGAACCUCAGAACUCGGACCAGGCCGCCAGGCAAGGGGAGGAAAUACGUCAAUCUGCAACUCGACCUCUCCUCUGACCCUUCUCGGACCUCGACGCACGACCAACUGCCACACGCGCUGGUUGCGACGCGUCUGCUGCUCGCCCAGCUCUUCUGAGCUUGCUCACCUGUCGCACCACUGCCGUCGCGCAUCCCAGCAGCCAUGUUCACCACUACGGGCAAGACGGCGCCGCCGCAGGCGUUCAUGUCGAGCUAUGCGCCGCGACUGCGAUCGCAUGGCAAUUCGCUGAUGUCCCCCAUUGUGCCGCCGUCAAACACUCUCCCUGCGCCGCGCGUUACGAAGCGCGGAACUGCCGUCCUCAGCUAUGCUGAAGAUGCGUUCGACGACGACGACUUUGAGGACAGUGACCGCCCGAGGCGCGCGACCGGCCUGCGCAGUGUACAAAGGGAUGCCACCAUGAACCUGGACCAGACGGCGCAAAUAGCAGCGCUGGGACAGGAGCUCACAGCACCCAUUGAGGUGCAAGGCAUUUGGAGAGAUUGGAUGGGAAGACCCAAGCGCACUUUAACGGAAAAGCAGGUGCAAGUGCAGGCUGCGCUCCCUGUGACCCUGAUUCCCAUACGAAUAGACAUGGACAUCCAGCCAUUCCGACCAGAAGCACCAUUGCCUACCCCUUCGAAUGCGCGCGACUUCGGCAUCAACGAAAGCCUGCCAGCGUACAAGCAGCCAGACGUGACGCCAGCCUACCGGCUCAAGGAUUCGUUCCUCUGGAAUCUCCACGAAGCCCUCAUGACACCCGACCAGUUCGCAAAGCAGUUCGUUGAUGAGCUCGAUCUGCCGACCGACCGUAAGCCUCAGAUCAUCUACAACAUUGCAGGUCAAAUACGACAGCAACUCGAGGAGUAUGCUGGGGUUGCCCUACACCCGCUCUUCCACUCGACUACGGCGCCAUCCCUUCAAGGUACCAUAGCGAAACCUUCCUUGCUCCCUGCAACUCGGGAUGGAACUUCGACUCCGGCACUUGCGCCGACAAAUGGCGCCUCGACACCUGUGACAAAUGGCGCAAUCCAAACCAAUGGUGCGAAUACGCCUGCGCCUAUCGCGAUACCCAUUGGAGUGUCAGCAUCUGCCACCGCAUUGCCUUCCGAGGAGCUUCACAAUCCAGACGACACCUACCGUUGCAUAGUCACCCUCAACAUUAAUCUGAUGAACCGUCUGUACACCGAUAAAUUCGAAUGGUCUUUGCUCCAUCCCCCAGGCUUUGCAGAGAUGUUCGCACAGAUCACAUGUGCUGAUCUGGGCUUACCAGGCGAAUGGGUAUCCUCAAUGACCCAUGCCAUCUACGAGGCUGUGCUUCGUUUGAAGAAAGAAGCUUGCGAGAAUGGCGGACUUGUUGGGGAUGGAGAAAUCGACAACGAUGCUGUUGAGCCAUCAACGGGUGCAGGCUGGAGGUAUGACCAUGAACACCUGUGCGAUGAGUGGGAGCCUAAGGUCGAGAUGUUGUCUCAAGAUGAAAUCGAGAAGCGUGAAGGCGAUCGUGAGAGACAGAUCAGAAGGUUACGGAGAGAAACAGCGCGCUUUUCUUCAACCGCAAACAUGUCCGGCACACCACAGAACGAGUUUUUCAGCAAUAUUGAGCAGCAAGAAAACAUGGGUCGCGGCGAGCGAAGCAAGAAGAAGAGGAGGUUUAGGAGUCUUAGUCCCGUUGGGCGAGACACACCCGGUGCCGGCUCCGGCUAUGGCGGGGAGGGAGGAGGAUUGCAGGAAGGAGAGCGACAAACGUGGCGUUGCGCACAUUGCUACGUUUGGGGCACUGCCGUCUGGGCUGUUCGCGACGGACCACGAGGUCCACGCACACUCUGUCACAAUUGUGGCUACCUGUACGAACGGGACAAGAAACUUCCACCGUGGUCAGAACAUUUGUUUUUCAACGAUCGUCCUUAUCAUGAAGUUCAACAGUAUCGGGCACAGCGGUAAAUGCCCUUAGAGUCAACAAUCUAUUGUUGCUUGCUUGCACGGGACAGGCCUUACCUUCCGUAAUGAAUUUGGCGACGAGUCGGACCUAUGUG